AUGGAGCUGCAUUCGCCGCCGAGGUGGGGCGACACAGUAGGUAUCCGGUGGGGAGGCAGGCUGGAGAUAUGGGAGGCACCGACGAGCUCGGGCCACCCGUCGCUGGCACAGGGGUGUGCCGGCCCGGAUGCGUCCGCUCCCCCUCCUCCCCCGUUCCCCGACCGUGUGUGGGCUGACACGGCUCCGACGUUGUUCGAGGCGGGACACACAUCUCACAUGAGCACACUGAGAAGCGAGUCGCUGAAAGGAGACCGCGCCGUGCCCACCAGCCACUUUGGCAACCUGAUUUUAGAGAAGCCGUCCUCACGACACGGCUUGGAUGCUUCUGCCGCUGGGCAGAGGGCAGGCGAACGAGGUCAACGCGUCCCCUCCCCCACGAAGUAUACGGCCGCGGACGCGCUGGCGUUCGUGGCGGUGAGCCUCGGGAAGGGCGGGUGGGCCAGAGGUGGAGGUGGAUGGCGCGGGAGGUGGGCCGCGCUGUUCCGGCGCAGGGAGAGGUCGUCGGACAAGUCGUCGUUGUCGGCGUCCUCGUCCUCAUCGUCGCUCCGCCGGGUGUUCGGCGAUGCGACGCUGAGGGACACGAUGGCGCCGCUGCUGGUGCCGUGCUACGACCUGACCACGGGCGUGCCGUUCCUCUCCUCCCGCGCCGACGCCGUCGAGAGCAACAGCUUCGACUUCCGCCUCCGAGACGUCUGCGCGGCCACCUGCGUCGGUGGCUCGGCUGCGGCCGCGGUCCACUCCGUGAACGACCUUACGGCCAUCGCCGCUGCGGCCGGUGGCGUGGCAGCCAUGGGCAACCCCGCCGCGGCGGCCAUCACGCACGUGCUGCACAACAAGCAGGAGUUCCCCCUCGCCGCCGGCGUCGACGACCUGCUCGUCGUCUCCAUCCGCUCCGGGUCCUCCUCCGGCGGCACGGCCUCCGGCUCCGCCACCCCGUCCGCCGGCUGGCGCACACCGAUCCCCCCGCGCUCGCCGUCCCCCGCCAAAAUGGUCCGCCUCACCGCCGAGGGCGUCGCCGACAUGGUCAACCAGGCCGUCGCCAUGGCGUUCGGCCACACCUGCGGCCGCAACUACGUGUGCAUCCAGGUCAGCAUAGCCACAGAGCUUCACCUCGCAUGGUCCAGGGGGUUGAUUGCUUUUUUUUAAAUCUAUUAGGGGUAUGUGUGUGAUUAUUUUGCCAAGUCAGCUCCUUACAGUCCGGCCCCAUAUGUCAGAAAGUGAUUAAAUGAGCUAAAUCACCUGUU